UCUGGGUAUUCAACUGGUAGCCUCUACAUCGAAAAUACCUACGUCACAACGUUAUACACACCCGACCUUUGAAGCAGCUGCUGCCGAAAAAUCAAUAAAAAUCCAAACUUCUCCGUGGGCGGUGUAAAUCAGUUGAAAACGCGCAAUAUGUUGUCCCAAUUUCAAAGUGUGCAGUUAAUGGUCGGGGCUAUCCUGCUCCUUUCUGGCGGAUGUCCAGCCCAGUCUUAUGGCGGAAAGGAUAACAUUUUCGCAGAUGUCCUGCUGACGGAUUUGCUCAAUCGCAUGGACAACGACAUGCAGGUGGGCUAUUAUGAUGUGGAUAACGAUGGCGAGAUGGCACCCGCCGUUCCCAAGGAUAAUGUGGACCUGGUCUCCAGGUCUGAGUACUCCCGAUUGUGCGAUGGCGGCAGUGACUGUGUUCUGCAGUCUGGUGCUUCUUCAAAUCCUUCCUUGCGAGACCAUGAAUUCAUGCAGCACAGCUCGCUAUGGGGCCACCAAUACAUCUCCGGAGGAAUGGGUGAGGGUCCGAAUAGGUAUCACUCCAUUGUUAAGAACGACGCCGGACUGCCUGCCUACUGCAAUCCCCCCAAUCCGUGCCCAGAGGGAUACGACGUGGAGACUCAAGGUGGCAGCUGUAUCUCUGACUUUGAGAACACGGCCAUUUUCAGUCGGGAGUUCCAGGCUGCUCAGGACUGCACAUGCGACAGUGAGCAUAUGUUCGACUGCUCGGAGCAGGAAAGCGGCGAUACCGGAUCCGACAAGGGCGAUCUAAAUUCCGCCGUAGAGCAGUAUAUUCUGCAAAUGGGCCAAGAAAACAGUCUCAACAAUGUGAACAGCUUGGUCAAGAAGGCCGGGUAUCCGGCAAUGGUGGAUCCUCGCAUUGAGCCUGCCCUCAUCAAUCCAUUCCUUCAGGGCGACCGUCUGCCGAUAGCCGCCAAGAAGGGCAACCUGCUCUUCCACUAAGCCGUGCCUAGGUAAUCCUCAAGCACAGAUGACCAUACAUCGUAUUCUUUAUUGGUGUCUACUAUUUAAAAUACCUAUCAUAGAUUAUUAUUGUUGUCGCAAACAAAGUCUAGAGAUGUUUUUUCCCAUGCCCCAAAAUAAAGUUAUUCAUAUUUA